CGAAAAUUCCUUUACUGAGAUACACAUUUUCCUAAUUGUAAAUAUUAUAUUUAAAACAUCAAGAAUAAACAAAAUCAAUAUUUCUCAUUUAGUUCAAAAUGGAUUCUCCUUGCCUCAAAGAUUGUGUGGUCAACGACAUGAAAAAUUCUUCAAUCAGCAAAUCCUUCGAAUCGCUGCCUUGUCAAAAGAAAUUCAUAUUGAAACCGGAAGAUGAAAUAAGUUUGGAUAGUAUUUUUUCGGCCGUAUUGGACAAAGUCGAACCUCCAGAAUUUCAAUUACAAAAUCAGGAAUGGAAAUUAGCCGCCACGGACAUGCCCACUGACAAACAGGCCUUGUUGUUUGAGGAUAAGAUGUAUAUUUCCGAACUACAAGCCAACGGUUGCACAUUAAAUGGGGAGACGAAAAUUUUAAUGGAACGUGAACUAAAAGAAGUUGGUGAAUUUAAUUUUCUUGUAGAGGAAAGUUAUGAUGGCUAUGUGGCCUUUGCCAAAAGCAAUAUCGCAAAAGGUUGCGGUAAAUAUUCCAGAGGCCAUUGUGUUAAGGGAAAAUAUGACGAUAAACUGCGUUUGAUUUGUGAAAAGCGAAGUGAGCAUGACUAUGUGGACAAAGCAAGAAUUGAACGAACAUUAGAUGUCCGCUCGAAAGAGGACAGUUUGGUGGGACGCCGUGAAACUAAAAUCAAUAAUGAUGUUCAGCGAUUUAAAACUUUCAUUAAUAUCAAGGGACAUGAUGAUAUCUUUCUACUCGAUGGAGGUAUAAUGCUGCUCAUACGCUACUUGAUAGUGAAUCGUUUUCGUGGCAAUUUUAAUUUUUAUACCAUGAAUUUAUUCGGCAAAAUCCUUCGCUGUCACCUGACCGUUCAUGAGGAACGAAAACGAAUUAAGAUGUUUCACCGCACGUUUACAAAUGCCAUUCGAGUGGUAAACAUUCAAUAUUUUAACAAUUAUCCCCAAGAGGUCUCUGAGACUUUCUACAACUCGAAUGGGAAAAUGAUUCUGCAUUAUUGGCAUGGCUUUCACUAUAUUCUGCACGAAACCAAAGGUUUUAUAGAGACCAACGAACGCAUUGUACCCAAGAUGGAAUUAAUGUGGCGUUGUCAAAAUGAAUUGCUGGGUCAAUACCGUGAGAAAAAGAAAUUUACCUAUGACAAUGCCAUAGCUUAUUUUAACAAACAUGCAGAAUUGUGCCCUUUUCUAAUGGAUUUUCUACUAAAUGUCAUUAAGUAUAAGCCACAGAACGUAUUGGAGUUUACAAUUAAAUACUUUCAGAAAUUUCGUAAACCUUCAUUGGAUAAAUGAAAAAAUGCUGUUUUCAACCCUUAAAAGACCUAUAAAGCUACCUGUUCUGGAUAUAGUGCUCUAAGGAGAGAAGCAACUUGUUAUUUGAAUGCCUACGACAUAUCAACUUGGAAAAAACCCUUAACAACAAUUUUGCCUUUUGUUUACGAUGUCAAAAUAAAUGUUCAAAUUCCUUAGUUCGUUCAUA